CAGUUGCCAUCACCCACUGCAACCAGCCAGCUCCCGCUCGAAUCUGAUGCUGUGGAAUGCUUAAAUUACCAACACUAUAAAGGAAGUGACUUUGACUGCGAGUUGAGGCUGUUGAUUCAUCAGAGUCUAGCAGGAGGAAUUAUUGGGGUCAAAGGUGCUAAAAUCAAAGAACUUCGAGAGAACACUCAAACCACCAUCAAGCUUUUCCAGGAAUGCUGUCCUCAUUCCACUGACAGAGUUGUUCUUAUUGGAGGAAAACCCGAUAGGGUUGUAGAGUGCAUAAAGAUCAUCCUUGAUCUUAUAUCUGAGUCUCCCAUCAAAGGACGUGCACAGCCUUAUGAUCCCAAUUUUUACGAUGAAACCUAUGAUUAUGGUGGUUUUACAAUGAUGUUUGAUGACCGUCGCGGACGCCCAGUGGGAUUUCCCAUGCGGGGAAGAGGUGGUUUUGACAGAAUGCCUCCUGGUCGGGGUGGGCGUCCCAUGCCUCCAUCUAGAAGAGAUUAUGAUGAUAUGAGCCCUCGUCGAGGACCACCUCCCCCUCCUCCCGGACGAGGCGGCCGGGGUGGUAGCAGAGCUCGGAAUCUUCCUCUUCCUCCACCACCACCACCUAGAGGGGGAGACCUCAUGGCCUAUGACAGAAGAGGGAGACCUGGAGACCGUUACGACGGCAUGGUUGGUUUCAGUGCUGAUGAAACUUGGGACUCUGCAAUAGAUACAUGGAGCCCAUCAGAAUGGCAGAUGGCUUAUGAACCACAGGGUGGCUCCGGAUAUGAUUAUUCCUAUGCAGGGGGUCGUGGCUCAUAUGGUGAUCUUGGUGGACCUAUUAUUACUACACAA